CUGUCAUGCAAUCAUAGCGAUCCGGGCCAUUACAGCUUUCGCAAUGUAUCCUACAAGUGUUCGAAGGGCAGCGCGGCCCAACCUCACGGGCUUCGACCCAAAGGCCUUCGCGGCCGCCGCAGGAGACAGGAGGGGAGACCCAUGGGCACGCAGAGAGGCAUGGAGAUACAACGGCCCUUUCACGAGGCUUAAGCGAUUCAGAGGCAGUUUCCCUGGCUUGGGCAUCGCGACGGUGGCAUUCACGGCAUACUGCGCGUACGAGCACUUCUUCUUGCAGGACGACCAUCACCACGAGGCUGGACAUGGGGAGGGACAUCAUUAG